AUGAACAAGAUGAUCAAGCGCCAGGACAUCGUGCCGCCGUGGAUCGAGAAGCAGCAGGAGCUGGCGAAAGCGCUGCGCACGUUCAGGGCGAGGUUGCGCAACGACUGGAGGAGGCAUGCGGCGAGGUCGAUUGCGGGCAUGGGCGGGUCUCUGGAAAGGCAGGCCGCGAGGGCAGAGGGGUAUGCAGCCGUCGAGGCGCGGAGGAAUCCGGGGCGUGGAAAGGUGGGCAAGACGGCGGUUCCGGCGAGCGAGGCUGGGGAUCCGGUCAUGGCCAAGAUGCGCAAGGAGCUGGGCGACGAGGUGAUACAGGAGGCUCUGGGAGAAGGUUCAGCACCGAGCCGCGCCAGCGCCGUGGACUCGGAGGCGCCACACCCUUUCCGGGACCCGGCCUGGGAGGCUGCGGAGAAAGCUUAUAUGGAGCUCGCGGUGAGCAACCUUAACAGCAUCACGCGCUCUUACAACCUUAUGGCCCCGGACCUGGCAAAGAAGCCAUACUUUAUGCUGCAGCGCGAGCUGGACGCCUGCCUUGCUGAUGUUGCGCCAUUGUUGGCCGACACGAUCGGGGAACGCGCGAGGCGCCCGCAGAGGUCGCUCCUGGACGGGGCCGCAGGCGGUGCUCAGAAGGGCGUCCUGGCCAGGCUUGGUGGGGAGGGGUGGGUGAGCAAGGCCAAAGUGUACGACUCCAAGGCGCCGCACUAUGGGUUCAAGGAGAUGUGGCGGGAUUUCUUUGCCAAAUGGAGUUGA